AUGACCGAGCCUUCUGUCGACAAAGCUUCCCUGGACCUGAAGGUGAGCGCUUUUGCGCCGGCAGACGCCAUGGCCCUCGACGCUGAAACAAACGGCGUCCACAGCGUCCUCUUCGACGACCCGCCACCCGACACCAAGCCCGCCGAGGAUCCUGCGCAACCGAAACCAACCACCAACGGAAACCACGCACCCAUGGACACACCAGCGCCUGCUGUUGAGCCCAUCACCGACGUCUCGGCUGGAAUCGACGGUAUCGCGCAGUUUAUGCCCGAAACCCACCAAGACAUCAACUCGUUGUUUGGCGACUCGGACAUGACUGCCACUGUGACAAACGCCGUCGAAGCCCCGACAUCAGACGUACGCGACGAGCCUGCACCUGCCCAAGAGACACCCGCAGAGACGCAGGCGACAAGCGACAGCACACAGGUAGUGCCCGAGACGCACAUUGCCCCAAAGGCAGAGGAGCCCGCUGCAGAGGGCAUGGACACUUCUGCUGAUGCGCCCGAGCCCAAGUCGGAAGAAUCAUCCGGCGCGCCCACCAAGCCCAUGGACGACCUGACCAUCAAAUCCAGCGCUGACGAAGCCACGGCGCCCCCGUCGACGACACAGUCACCAGCGAUUGCCGACCGCGAGAUGCAAGAUGCGCCGCCGUCUGGCAAAGUGCGCCCACGCGAAGAUGACGACGAUGACGUCCCUGACGCCAAGCGCACAAAGACCGAGGACGAAGCGGGUGCCCAAACCGACGCUAAGCCGUCGGAGCAGCCCAACCCCAUGGAGCAGCCCAACGGCAACAGCGCCACCCCGGGGCCCGCCUCCGACUAUGCACAGGAAGCCUCUGGCGUUCACAAGGCGGUCGAUUGGGAGGAGUGGCCGACGACGCCCAUGACGGAUGUGCAGAACAAGUUUUUGCUGGAACGGAUACGGAACACAAAGAAGAUCAAGGUGUCGUUAGCUUUCAAGGAUCCAGUUGACCCUGUAGCGCUCAACAUUCCCACUUACUAUGACGUGGUCAAGACCCCCAUGGAUCUGACGACCAUGGAGAGCAAGCUCAAGGAGAAAAAGUACAAGUACGUGAGGGACUUCAUGGCAGAUCUUGAUCAGAUGAUUACCAACAGCGAGCUAUUCAACAACAAGCAACACCCCGUCACACAGGCUGGAUACAAUCUGCGCGCCUACUUCUUGAAGGGAAUGGGUAAGAUGCCCCGCGGCGCUGCUGCCGAAGAGCCACCCAAGCCGCCAAAGGCCAAGAAGUCGAGCAGUGCCGCACAAAAGGCCAAGCGGGAGUCGCGCGUCGCACCGCCCACGGUCAAGGCGCCUGCUGCUCCCGCGCCACCGGCUACGUCGCCACAGGCUGCCGCAUGGCCGCUGCAGCAGGAUGGCACUCCGCUCAUUCGCCGCGACUCGUCGACGGCAGACGGCCGGCCCAAGCGCGAAAUCCAUAGGCCCUCGAAAGACUUGCCCUACGCCAAUGCUAAGCCGCGAAGGAAGAAGUACCAGCAGGAACUCAAGUUCUGCGAGUCUGUAAUCACGGAGCUCAUGAAGCCAAAGUACAGCACACUUACUUACCCCUUUGUCACGCCGGUAGAUCCUGUUGCACUCAACAUUCCCUCGUACCUCAAGAUCAUCAAGAAGCCCAUGGACUUUGGCACCAUUGAGAAGAACUUGAAGAACGGCGUCUACCAGAGUGCAAAGGACUUCUACGCCGAUGCCCAGCUCGUGUUCCAAAACUGCUACAAGUUCAAUCCCGAAGGUGAUGCCGUCAAUCAGAUGGGCCACAAGCUCGAGGAGCUGUUUGAGAGCCUCUGGAAGGAAAAGGCAGACUGGCUUGCCCAGCAUGCGCCUCCCCCCGAGCAUUCUCCCAGCGAUCUCUACUCUGACGAAGACGACGACGACGACGACGAGGAAGAGGAGAUAGACCCUGCCCAAGCCCAGUUUCUUGCCAUUCAGCAGCAGAUUGCCCAGCUGAAUGCCACUGCCCAGCAACUUCUGCAACAGCAGACGGGCGGCAAGCGUGCCUCACCCAAGCUGCCCGGCAAGAAGAAGAAGGCGGCUGCGCAACCCGCAAAGAGGAAGAGUCUGCCCUUGGCAGUGCCGCCUCCCGCCAAGCCCAUCAAGAGCGCGCCCGUCAAGAAGGUCAAGGCGCCCGCGCCCCUCAGCUUUGCCCAGAAGCAAGAGAUCUCCGAAGGCAUCAGCACUCUGGGAGAUGUUGACAUGCGCCGAGCCGUCCAGAUUAUCCGCAAUGGAUGCCCGCACCUCGCCAACGUUAAUGACGAUGAGAUGGAGCUGGACAUGGACGAGAUCAAUGACGACACGCUUAGGGAGCUGUUGCGCUUCAUCAAGUCUCUGCGCGGACCUAAGAGCGGCGUAGUAGCUGACGACGACUUUGAGCCUCCCAGACAAGUCUCCAAGCAGGCGGCGAGUCGCCCCAAGAAGAACAAGCCCAUGGGCAAGUCGGAGCAGGAAGACAACAUGCGCAAGAUCCAAGAGAAGUUGCAGUCGUUCCAGGGCGGUGCAUCGGGCUCCAGCCAGUCUCCACCUGGUGAGUUGUCAGUGUUUGCUCAGCGUCAUCAUCAACUAACCCGUGCAGUGCAUGAUGCAUCCAGCGACGACGACGAGUCGAGCGGCUCGGAAAGCGAAGAAGAGUAA